AACUUUGGGAAAUAUGCGUUUUACCUUACAGUAGUUCCUUUGCACUCAGCUAAUCAUUAAUGAGUCAUAAAAGACGAUUAUGUGACUGUCUUUCAUUUAUUUCUAACCAAGCCUCCCAUGACGUUUGGGCCCAGUCAGUAAAGUCACAGAGAAGACACAGACAGAAAGACCCAACCUUGGAGAUGGAGCUGGACCAAGGCAAGAUGGAUCAGGAGCCAGGCAGGCCCACAUGGAACAGGCAGAUAGAGUUCACCCUGGCUGGGAUCGGCUGUGCUGUGGGGCUGGGGAACAUAUGGCGGUUCCCUUAUCUGUGCUACAGGAGUGGAGGAGGUGCAUUCCUGGUUCCCUACCUGCUGAUGCUGCUGGUGAUGGGAAUUCCUCUGCUCUACAUGGAGCUGAUUCUGGGACAGUACAUGAGAAGAGGGCCUGUUCAUGCCCUGGCUAAAGCCUGCCCGCUGCUCAAAGGAGUGGGCCUGGCGACUGUGGCCAUCUCCUUCAUCAUGUGUACUUACUACAACGUCAUCAUCACAUGGGGUCUGUACUACCUGUUCAGCUCCUUCCAGAGUCCGCUGCCCUGGCAGAGCUGCAACAACACAUGGAACACCCCCAACUGCACCGAUCACAUAAACCCGAACACCAGCUCACACUCCUCCACCGCCAGCCAGCAGUUCUUCAAUUAUAGGAUGCUGGAGAGGACAGGGGGAGUGGAGGAGAGCGGGGUGCUGCGAUGGGAACUCUUUCUCCUGCUCCUUUUGGCCUGGAUCCUCCUCUACUUCUGCAUCUUUAAGGGGGUCAAGUCAACAGGGAAGGUGGUAUACUUCACGGCUCUCUUCCCAUAUGUCAUCCUGUUAGCUCUGUUGAUUAACAAUGUCCAGCUCCCAGGAGCUAUGGAAGGCAUCCGCUUUUUCAUCGUGCCAAACUGGGAGAAACUCCUGGAGUUGGAGGUUUGGGUCAACGCUGCAGCUCAGAUCUUUAACUCCAUUGGGAUAGGCUUUGGCUCCCUCAUGGCCAUGUCCAGCUAUAACAACUUCAACAACAACAUAUUAAAAGACACCCUGGCUAUCUCCAUCACCAACUCCCUGACCAGUAUUCUGGCAGGUUUUGUCAUCUUCUCGGCAUUCGGCUACAUGUCACAUCUCCAGAACAUACCUGUCAGUGAGCUGGCUGUAGAUGGUCCAGGACUGGUUUUUGUUGUUUACCCACAAGCCUUUGCAACGAUGCCAGUGGCUCCGCUGUGGGCAAUUCUGUUCUUCUUCAUGCUCCUGUGCCUUGGGCUGGACAGCCAGUUUGCCAUGGUGGAGGUGAUGGCGACCAGCCUAAUGGAUGGGUUUGGAGGGCCCCUGAUGAAGUUCCUGAGACACAAGGAGAUGCUGGUGCUGGCAGUCUGCAGCACUGCCUUUCUGCUGGGAAUACCCCAUGUCAUGCAGGUGGGGAUCUAUGUAUUCCAGCUGAUGGACCACUACACGGCCAUAGUGUCUCUCAUGUUCCUGGCCUUCUUUGAGGUGCUGGCCAUCUGCGGACUUUAUGGUGUGAGGAGGCUUUCGGCAAACUUAAAGGAGAUGACAGGAAAUAGGCCUAACAUCUUCUUCAGAGUGUGCUGGAUGUUUGUGGCUCCUCUUCUGAUCACUAUUAUCCUAGUGUUCACAAUCAUCCAGUUUAAACCAGCUCGCUAUGAGGACUACGUGUAUCCCCCGUGGGCUCAGGGGAUUGGCUGGGUCAUCGCUAUGGCAUCCAUCAUCUGGAUCCCACUCGGAGCUCUUCACACACUGUGGGUUCUGCCAGGCUCCUUCACUGAGAGAUUAGUAAAGUCAAUCACCCCCUAUGCACUGGAGAACGAGAGGGGAGGAGACACAUACCCAAACAUAGCAGUCAUCAGCUCCUUAGGUAGAGAAACAGAGAAGCCUCACAUUCAGACAAACCUCUGAUACUGACUCUCCCUACUGAUGGCCUCUGUACCAGCCUGGGAUUCUGGGACUAUGCUAGGCUUGGAGAGCCAGGUGAGGGUUAAUUAAGGAUGUCAAUCCUGAUUCACAUUGGCACUGGGAACCACACUGUCUGUGGAUGACGUGCGUGGCAAAAACCGUCCAACAACAUUCCUAUUGGUGAUGUUUGGGACUUCUGCUCAUGGGGAAGUGGGUUGUUCUCCUUCAUGGAGUGAAGAUAUAUAUUUUUUUUAAACACUGUUAUAGUCAAUUAUGUAAUAACAAAUAGAAGAAAUGGGCCUGGACCCAAGAAUAUUACCUAUCUCUGCCUUGAAAGAUCAGAAUUGGUCAUGAGUGGAUACUGGUACUUGAUGAAUAGACCUUAACCUGUCCAUAUGUUGCACUGUCUGAACUUUGGUAAUAUGUUUUCUAUAUGUAGCCAUGGAUGACCAAAGUACAACGGUGUGAGAACUGUUAGUUAUGGAUGUUGUUGUUCUGCCCUUCAAGCAUGUUAGCUUUCACUUGAGCAGCACCUUGUGGUUAACACAACUGAGGAGGUAUUACAUGUAUUUCUAGAGUACCACAGUGAGUCAUAAUACCCAUAAAAUCUAGCAGUCAAACAGGGAUAUGGUUCAAAUUGUUUUUCCACAGUUCAUUUUUUCCAAUUUGUAAGUCGCUCUGGAUAAGAGCGUCUGCUAAAUGACUUAAAUGUAAAUGUAAUUUUUCCAAUAGUGGAUUUUAGAAACACUUAAAAUAAGGGCUGUGUUUUCAUGUAGGCUUACCCUGAUGUGACUUUUUGAUAACUGUGUAAACCUCACUGGGACAUGGUGACUUUUAUCAAUAUAUUCGCAUGUAUUACCCCCCAAAAUGAAAUGCCUUUUUAGCUGCUAAUGUGGCUAUCAUAAAGAACUAGAAAGAACUCUCGAUUAACUAUCUGUUAGCAAAAUUUUGUCAUUAAUAAAUUGGAAAAAUGUCUUUAAAUUGAUAAGUGUUACAUUGCACAAUACAUGUUAGCAACGGUGUCAGCUAGAGGUGACACAUGCAGGAGCUUGCAGGAAUUUGCAUGUCUCUUUGAAUGCUAAUUAGCAUUUUCGAAUCGGUGUAAUAGAGAUGAAUAUAUUGAUAAAAUUCACCUUGUCCGAGAGAGGUUUACAUGGUUAUCAAAACGUCACGUCAGAGUAAUCCUACACAAAACACAGCCCUUAUUUUAAGUGUUUCUAAAAUUCCCUGUUGGAAAAAUGAAUGGUGGUAAAAUUAUUGGAACCAUUUCCGGUUUACCGCUAGGUUUUACAGGUAUUAUGACCCCCCAUGGGGCUAUAUAUUAGUAAAACAUGUACAGUAUGAUGCAGUAGCUAUGGAUCAGCACAGCAGUUAAUAAAAUAAUCUACCAAAUGCAGCAUUUGGAACGUAUUGUUAAAAUAUUCCUUAUGUAAUAUGUUGUUUACAAUAAAAUGCCACAAUAUGUUUGA